AUGGGCUUCUUCGCCGGCUUUUCCAGUGGCUUUGCUCUUACCACUUCCCUACUCUACGUCACCGUCCAAGUCCACCGCGCCACGCGUUUAGAACAACGUCGAGUCAUCCGCGAACAAGUCGAUCAACUCAACUGGCUGUCCUCUUCCGCAGGUGCAUAUGAUCGCCGCUUUGCUCCCAAAGAUCUGCCCAAGCAGCGCGAGGAAGUGCAAAAACCCACCAUGAAAGAGAUUUUGAAGCAUCGGUGGAACCAGGAGGUUGAGAUACUAGCCCGGAAAGCGCACGAGACACGAUGGGAGGAUGCAAGAGACACAGCAGUCGAUGGAUGGAAUGCUGCCAUGAAGCUGGUCAAGAAAGAAUAA